CGCUCCUCUCCCCUCCCCCGCGCUCCUCUCUCCGCCCCAGCGCUCGGCCCCGGUGAGCCGCGCCGCCGCAUCGCAGAGCCCGUCCUCAGACGAGGUCCAGCCGCCGCCACCGCCCGAGACCCGCCGCCGCCGCAGCCCUCCCGCGUCGCCCACAUGGAGGAUUACCACAAACCCGACCAGCAGACGCUGCAGGCGCUGAAGGACACGGCCAACCGGCUCCGCAUCAGCUCCAUCAAGGCCACGACCGCGGCCGGCUCCGGCCACCCUACAUCAUGUUGCAGUGCAGCAGAGAUUAUGUCUGUGCUGUUUUUCCAUACCAUGAGGUACAAAGUGCAAGACCCCAGAAACGCCAGCAACGACCGGUUUGUUCUUUCAAAGGGUCAUGCAGCACCACUUUUAUAUUCUGUUUGGGCAGAGGCUGGCUUUCUACAAGAAGCAGAAUUACUGAACUUAAGGAAAAUUGAUUCUGUUCUAGAAGGACACCCAGUGCCAAGACAAGCCUUCACUGAUGUGGCUACUGGAUCCCUUGGGCAGGGUCUUGGUGCUGCAUGUGGAAUGGCAUACACUGGCAAAUUCUUUGACAGAGCCAGCUAUCGAGUGUACUGUCUGCUUGGAGAUGGAGAGUUAUCUGAAGGCUCUGUUUGGGAGGCAAUGGCCUUUGCUGGCUUUUACAAGCUUGAUAAUCUUGUUGCUAUAUUUGAUAUUAAUCGUCUUGGACAAAGUGACCCUGCUCCUCUGCAGCAUCACGUUGAAAUCUACCAGAAACGCUGCGAGGCCUUUGGCUGGCAUGCCAUCAUCGUGGAUGGACACAGUGUGGAGGAGCUUUGCAAAGCCUUUGGCCAGGCCAAACAUCAGCCAACAGCCAUCAUUGCAAAGACCUUUAAAGGCAAAGGCAUAUCAGGUGUUGAAGAUAAGGAAAGCUGGCAUGGAAAGCCCCUUCCAAAAAAUAUGGCUGAACAAGUCAUUCAGGAAAUAGAUGACAGAAUCCAAAACAAGAAAAAGCUUUCUCCAGCCCUUCCAGAAGAAGAUGCACCUAUAGUAAAUAUUAGAAACAUUAAGAUGCCAUCUCCACCAACUUACAAAGUGGGAGAAAAGUGGGCCACCCGCAAGGCUUACGGGGUUGCGCUUGCAAAACUGGGCCACGCCAACGAUCGAGUGAUUGCUCUUGAUGGCGACACAAAGAACUCCACCUUCUCAGAGCUCUUCAAGAAAGAACAUCCCAGUCGCUACAUUGAGUGCUACAUUGCUGAGCAGAACAUGGUGAGCAUUGCAGUUGGUUGUGCCACUCGUGACAGGACCGUGGCUUUUGCCAGCACCUUUGCCACCUUUUUCACGCGGGCGUUCGACCAGAUCCGCAUGGCUGCCAUCUCCGACAGCAACAUCAACCUCUGCGGCUCCCACUGCGGCGUUUCCAUCGGUGAGGAUGGGCCAUCUCAGAUGGGGCUGGAGGAUCUGUGCAUGUUCCGGGCUAUUCCCAACUCCACUGUGUUUUACCCCAGUGAUGCUGUAGCCACUGAAAAAGCAGUGGAAAUAGCUGCCAACACCAAGGGCAUUUGUUUCAUCAGAACCAGUCGUCCUGAAAACCCUGUCAUUUACAACAACAAUGAGGACUUCCAUAUUGGACAGGCAAAGGUGAUUUUGAAGAGUAAGGACGACCAAGUGACUGUGAUUGGAGCAGGAGUCACUCUGCAUGAAGCACUGGCUGCAGCAGAGCAGCUGAGAAAAGAAAAAAUCUGCAUCCGUGUGAUUGAUCCCUUCACUAUAAAGCCCCUGGAUAAGAAGACAAUACUUGAAAAUGCAAGAGCAACCAAGGGCAGAAUCAUCACUGUUGAGGACCAUUACCAUGAAGGUGGCAUUGGUGAAGCCGUGUGUGCCGCUGUCGUGGGCGAGCCCGGUGUCACCGUCACUCGCCUGGCUGUGUCCCACGUGCCCCGCAGUGGGAAGCCAGCUGAGCUGCUGAGGAUGUUUGGCAUUGACAAGGAUGCCAUCAUGCAGGCGGUGAGGGCAGCCGUGUCCAAAUCCAGGAACGCGGAGUAGAUCGGAGCAUCUCGUGCUGUGUAACGGAAGAGCUGCGUUUGGAGAGGUUAAGGCAGGCAAAGGUGCUUUAUGUAGAGAGUUCUAAUAAAAAUACCAGCUUAAAAAAC